AUGAAGGCCAUUCAGAACCAACCGCACUUCAACGCCAAGAAGACAUAUGCAGCUUACAAUACUUUGGUUUCGAGUGGCUGGAUUCAGAAAGUCAAAACCUGCAGUUGCGGAGAGCAGUUCACUCGGGUUCCCUGGGCAACCGGGCAGCAGCGCGGUCGUGGUCGCUUGUGGCUGCGCUGGAAAGAUGUUCUGAGCUUUUCCCUCUUACCGGUUCUUCGAAUGCCGCUGUACCAUGUGCUGUUGGUUGCCCAAGCUUGGUUCGAGAGUUCAAAGCCGCCAAGUUUGUCCGAGCUGGGCGCCCGCUUCGGCUAUGCCAGUCAGAGGCAGACUUGUUUGCGGCGAUUGGUGCGUGCUUUUCUGGUGGCGGAAGCCAGCUGCGCUGAGAAGAGCCAGGCAUCUCGAACUUUGUCUGGUCACUUGGAGAUCGAUGGGACUUCCAUAAAAAAAUGGAGACCAGCAAAUUCGACAACCAUUUACUACCAGCAGAUUCUCGGAGUGACUUGUCGUGAGUCUCGACGAAUCAACAUGUACGCUUUUGGCAAUGUGGCGGCCAAGAACUUCGGCAAGCCGCCGACUGAAAGUGUGACCAAACUGGAAGCAUGCGGUGCCGCCAAAGAUAUUUCAAGGAAUUCCGUGGUCAUCAGUGAUGGUUGUCCAGCCUAUGCUCCCUGGUGCAAAAAGCAUCACUUCCAGCAUUGCAACCACAGCAAAGGCGUGUGGGUGAAACGUGUGCGUCGUGGCAGGAUUCUGCCUUCACAAUGUCAAGUUUGUGAAAGAUUCUGCCUUCACAAAGUCAAGUUUGUGAAGGAUUCUGCCUUCACAAAGUCGAGCAGAAAGUGGCUGGAGUUGCAGAAGCUGGGCUACGAGGUGAUCACCUUGGAUGUGGCGGCAAACAGCGCUGAGAAUCUGCACUCGCCAGCUAUCUGGGCUUAUUUGACGAUGUUGGCCUGCCGAGGCUUGCUGAGAGUCCUGUUGGGUUGUCCACCAUGCCGGACGUUUUCAAGACUACGACGCAAAGCUCCAGGACCGCGCCCGUUGAGAGGUAGGUUGGGGUUGAGGUGGAGCCUUUCCAAUUUGGACCCGUUGGAAAUUGAAAAGGCCAACGGAGACACAGCAUUGGUCCUGAAGAUGGCGGCCCUCUACGAAAUGAUGGAGGAGAGCCAACCAGGAGCCAACGGGUUUCUCCUCGAGCACCCUGAGGAUCCGCACACCUACCUUGGAGAAGAGGAGUCCAGGGAAAUGCCAAGCGUUUGGGAGUGGCCCGAGCUCAAGGGGUUGCGCUGUGGGAAGAACGAGAAGGGCAUCGAGCCGCUUGCUGCGGAUCUUCCACAACGUCUCAAACAGACCUCUUCCUGGUCGUCAUGGGCUCCGGGGUUGAUACAGGCCAUCAAGGAGUCAAUCAAACAGAUGCCUGCGGCUGGCCUCAAACGUUUGUCUUUGGAUCAGUGGCGACAGCAUGUGAGGCAGAACCAUACGCCUUAUCGCCGUGACUGUCGGCUCUGCAUACAAGAAAUGGGCGCUGGAGAACCACAUCGCCGCCGAGGUCCUCACCACAAUGGGGAAUCCGCCUAUGUGCUGUCGGUUGACAUCACUGGUCCACUUGUGAAGGGAUGGGACUAUGGAACUGGCCGUCAAGCCAAAUAUGCGUUGCUUGCUACGGUGCCGAUUCCUGUGGUGGAUGGUCAACUAUACAUGCUGAAGGUGAUCAACCUCCUUGCGAUGCUCUUCCAGGUCCUGAAGUUCAACAUGCUGGUCAAGUUCCACGUUCCGGUGGAGACGACAGCCCUAAAGAAUGUCUUCCAGGUUCAGGUGCUCAUGGUGAAAAAGCUCAUGCAGGCCCUGUCGAACCUGUUCCGUCAAAGGAUGAUGGUGAAAAAGAUGAUGAAAAAGAUGGUGGAAAACUUGGUGAUGCUCUUCCAGCUGACCCUCUUGCUCCGCUACCAGAAAUGGGGGGAGAUGUCCCAAACCCUGAACUACCUGAAGGAGAAGAUGGGGGAUUCAGUGAAGAUCAGAAAAAACAGGGGGAGAAGCUGA